AUCAAUCCUUAAUUUUUGCAAUGCUAACCAUUCCCAACCAUUCCAACCAAGCUCAAGCAGGGUGGCGCUGGCGCGGGUGCCUCGCCUCCGCGUUCCGAACCGCGUUGGCCUGCACCAUUGUCGGUUGCACCACCCUGUACGGCCCCGCCUCCCUCCAACGCCAAAUACCCUUCCCGGCAUUUUCCUAUGUGACAGCAAUCCUCAUUGUCACCGACGCAACAUUAGGCGACACCCUCCGUGGCUGCUGGCUCGCUCUCUACGCCACGGUCCAGAUCGUCGGUCCAGCUAUUUUGUGCCUGUGGCUGGUUGGACCGGCCUGGUUCUCUACCGUGACCACUGCUCUGGCGGUGGCGCUUAGCGCAUUUGUGGUGGCCCUGCCAGCUGAGUCCACCCACUUGGUAGCUAAGCGCAUAGCGUUGGGCCAGACUGUGAUUUUGUACGUAAUAGCUUUUGUCGAUGGCGCGCACACUGAAGCUGUCAUGCACCCAGUUCACGUGGCAGCAAGUACUGCAGUUGGAGCCUUGGCUUGUGUUCUCGCCUUGUUGCUUCCUUACCCACGGCUAGCCUAUUGCGAGGUGAAACAGAAGGGCAAGCUACUGGCUGAGAAUGCAUCAGAGAGGCUAAAGCUGUUUGUGCAAGCAUUUUGUGCCGAGGAUGGCACAUCCUCACUUGCAUUAAUCUCUCAAGCUAAGUCAUGUGGAACAGGAACCAAAUUUCUUCAAAGUAUCAAAAGGCACCAAGAAGGCAUGCAGUGGGAGAGAUUUCCAGUCAAAAUUUUCCAACCCUGGCACAAAAACGCAGGAGUUAGACUGCAAGACAUAGAGAUACUCUUUAGAGGGAUGGAAUUGGCUUUAACGAGUACCUCUUCAUAUCCAGUCAAAAUGCUGGAUGAAGAGCUCAGAGAUGAUCUGCUUCGACUAUCCAUAAAACAAGCCGAGAGCUUUUUGCCUUGUGAUCCAGUAAGUACUGUUCCCGAGUCCACUGCAACAGAAGAUAUAAUGAAGUCCCUCCCAACCCUUCAAACCAUUCCAAUAACCCACCAAGAUUUACCCUCUUUUUUCUUCUUAUUUUGCAUGAAUUUCCUCCAUAACAAAUCAUUGACCAGACCAUCUGUUCCCAAACAAGACAAAUGGAAUGAGAAUUCUACUGAUAAUCAUCCAUGUAAAAUAAAUUUGUUCUGCUUCAAAGGGAUUUGGAAUAGCAACAGGCUAAUGCCAGCAUUCAAAUGCUCACUUUCCUUAGGCCUUGCAGUACUAUUUGGGUUGCUAUAUAGCAAGGAAAAUGGAUAUUGGUCAGGACUCCCAGUGGCAAUCAGUCUCGCAUCAGCCAGGGAGCCAACAUUCAAAGCUGCCAACGUUAAAGCACAGGGGACUCUCUUAGGAACAGUGUAUGGAGUAUUGGGAUGCUUUCUUUUUGAAAAGCUCUUGCCAAUAAGAUUCUUAUCUCUUCUCCCUUGGUUCAUUCUCACCAGUUUUCUCCGGCGUAGCCGAAUGUACGGCCAAGCCGGAGGAAUUUCUGCAGUCAUUGGGGCAGUACCAAUACUUGGCAGGAAAAAUUUUGGUCCCCCAAGUGAAUUUGCUAUAGCAAGAAUUACUGAAACCUUCAUUGGAUUGUCAUGUUCAAUCAUGGUUGAACUUAUCUUUCAGCCCACUAGAGCUUCAACUCUAUCAAAAAUUCUACUCUCUAAAAGUCUUGGAACAUUGCACGAGUGUGUCGAUUCAGUAAGCCUUGGAAUUAGCAGCAAAUUAUCCGAUUUGGAAGAGAACCAAAAGAGGCUGCAAAUUCAAGUAAGUGAGAUGGAAAAGGUCAUUGAGGAAGCUGAGGUGGAACCCAAUUUCUGGUUUUUGCCUUUUCACAGUGCUUGCUAUGGUAGGCUAUUUCAGUCAUUGUCAAAAAUGGUUGAUCUCUUGCAUUUUAUUGCUCAGACGGUGAAAUAUAUAUCUCUCCAGCAAGAAUCACAAGAGGGUUCUUGGAAGGAGGUUGUCGACAAGCUAAACGACGACCUUAAACUUUUCAAGGAAAUGGUCGGGUCGUCAAUUAAGUGUUCUGAACAAGUCACUUCCAUAAAGUCGCUCACAUUGCUUGAAAAGGAGCUCGAGAAGAAAAAUGUUUCUUGUGAUGAUCUUGAGUCUGGAAAACCACGAGACCCAAAAAUUGUCAUGGUUUCCAGUUUACAUGAGAAGGAGAUGGAGGAGAUAAUAGAUUCAUAUCUGCAACAUUCGGAAGAACUUCUAGACAAAAUCCAUGAUCAAAACGAGCUCAAGUGCCAGGGGGUUCUAAGUUUGACAGCCUUGGGGUUUUGCAUGAGUAGUUUAGUGAAAGAGACCAGUGAGAUUGAAAAGGAAAUCAAGGAACUGGUUCAGUGGGAGAAUCCUUCAAGCCACAUUGACUUAAACGAAAUCUCAUCUAAAAUACAUGCUUUAUACAAAUUAUAAGCAGUGUACCAAUUCGAUAGCAAUUGUAUUGAAUAAAUUAACCUGCAACA